GAAGUGGUGCAGCCCGUGUGCGCCCCUCUGCUCCUCCUCGUGUAGUGUACAGCGGGACACUCCGCAGUUCCCUUAUCCCGUUCCUUCCCGUUGCCUUUUACGCGCUCGACGUCCGCAGCUACAGUGAUUCAGUGAGCCUGUCUUCGAGCUUUUGGAUGGAGGCGCAGGGCUCUCUCCUAUUUCCUCCCCGUCUUCCGAUGGCAAAGCGGCACCGCUCCUGUGCCCGGUGAUCAUUCUCGGGAGGAAGGCGUCCGAGGCUCUUUGUUUUUUUCCCCGUCUCUUUCUUUUCUUCCCGACUCAUUUUCAACAAGAUGAGGGACGCGCGAUCUCUGCGCGGCGCCCGCGGAGUGCUCCCUUCAGCCGUGGCCGCUUGACUAAAGGGGGAUCCCGGCUCCCUUUUCCUCCUCUACUCCCUUAGGAACAACAGGAGUUUGCAUGCAAAAGGUGGUUUAUCGCGGCAAGCCAUGGAGGGACUUGCCUAAAGAGGAUCCAACAUAAGUCAAGUUUUUGUUGUUUUUUUUCUUUCUAUUUUCCGUUCUUGCGUCCAACGUCAUCCUGGAAGUCGCCUUUCCCGCCGCCAUGGCUGAGAAGAUCGGACCAGCGGGGCUCAAGCCCAUCAGCGCCCGAACUGCUCCCUCGCUGCCCCCGGAGCCCAUCGACAUCAUCCGCACCAAAGCCCGGUCCCGGAGAGUCCGCCUCAACGUCGGGGGUCUGAACCACGAGGUCCUGUGGCGGACCCUGGACCGGCUGCCCAGAACCCGGCUCGGCAAGCUUCGAGAGUGCAACACCCACGAGUCCCUGAUGGAAGUCUGCGACGACUACAGCCUGAGCGAGAAUGAGUACUUCUUCGACCGGCACCCGGGGGCCUUCACGUCCAUUCUGAACUUCUACCGCACGGGCAAGUUGCACAUGAUGGAGGAGAUGUGCGCCCUCUCGUUCGGCCAGGAAUUGGACUACUGGGGGAUCGACGAGAUCUACCUGGAGUCCUGCUGCCAGGCCCGCUACCACCAGAAGAAGGAGCAGAUGAACGAGGAGCUGCGGAGGGAGGCAGAGACGAUGAGGGAGAGGGAGGGGGAGGGAGAGUUUGAUAACACCUGCUGCCCGGACAAGAGGAAGAAACUGUGGGAUCUCCUGGAGAAGCCCAGCUCCUCGGUGGCUGCCAAGAUCCUUGCCAUCAUAUCGAUACUGUUCAUCGUCCUCUCCACCAUCGCCCUGUCUCUCAACACCUUGCCGGAGCUCCAGGUCACAGACGAGUUUGGCCACGCCAACGACAACCCCCAGCUGGCUCACGUGGAGGCCGUGUGCAUUGCCUGGUUCACCAUGGAGUACCUCCUGCGCUUCCUCUCCUCUCCGAACAAGUGGAAGUUCUUCAAAGGCCCGCUGAAUGUCAUCGACUUGCUGGCCAUCCUGCCCUACUACGUCACCAUCUUCCUGACCGAGUCCAACAGGAGCGUGCUGCAGUUCCAAAAUGUGCGCCGCGUGGUGCAGAUAUUCAGGAUCAUGAGAAUACUGCGAAUCCUUAAGUUGGCCCGGCACUCCACAGGGCUCCAGUCUCUGGGAUUUACUUUGAGAAGGAGCUACAACGAACUGGGUCUGCUCAUUUUGUUUCUCGCCAUGGGCAUCAUGAUAUUUUCCAGUUUGGUCUUCUUUGCCGAGAAGGAUGAGGAUGCCACCAAAUUCACCAGUAUCCCUGCCUCAUUCUGGUGGGCCACUAUUACAAUGACUACAGUGGGCUACGGUGACAUUUACCCACAGACUUUACUUGGAAAGAUUGUGGGUGGACUCUGCUGUAUUGCAGGAGUGCUGGUCAUUGCCCUACCGAUCCCAAUCAUCGUCAACAACUUCUCUGAGUUCUAUAAGGAGCAGAAGAGGCAGGAGAAAGCCAUCAAGAGGAGGGAGGCCCUGGAGAGAGCCAAGAGGAAUGGCAGCAUCGUGUCAAUGAACCUAAAAGACGCCUUUGCUCGCAGUAUGGAACUGAUGGAUGUGGUGGUGGAGAAAGGAGAGGACAAAACCUCCCUUGACAACCACCUGUCACCUAGCCGCUGGGGUGGUUCACCCAGGUUCACCACCUCAGAAACCAACCUGAAGUCACCAGAUAAAAGAAACGCAGAAUCUCUGCCGCAAAGCUCCCCCCAUCGUAUAACCGUCAACACCACUGGAAGUCCGCAGAGGACAAACAGGACCCCACAGCACCUCAACGUGCAGAAACUGGAAGAGAUGUACAACCAGAUGUCCAAGUCGCAGUCCUUCACCAAUCUCAACACAACGAGCUCCAUGAGCACCCUGAGCACAACCAUGACGGGCCCCGCCUCGCCGAAGAAAUCUCACAGCCCCGACUUCACGUUAAAGGAGGAAGUGGAGCUGGAGAUGAAGGAGGUCCAGCCCUCCGCAGCGAAUAACUUUGCCAGCUGUUCAGUGGACUACAGAAUACAGGGGUCCAACUCAGGUGAAGAGACGCCCAGACACCGCAGAGCCCCGCCGCCUCUGGAUCUCAGGAGGCUGAGGGACGGUGAUGACCAGAGUUCCCCUGGCCUCGCAGUCAAAGAAGGCCUCUACGAAUGUGUCCACUCAGGAGAUGGAUCGGAGCUCCAUAUAGAGGAAGGGGAGAGCUUUAACAGUGCUGUGGAGAAUAUCCAGAGCUCCCCAGUAGGGAAUAACCCACUAAAAAUAAAAGGGUUGAAGGUCAACUUCAGCAAAACCUCUCCUGAGUGCCCUCUAACGCCGCCCAGCACUACCUCUCCUGGAGACAUCAGCUCCAGCAUCCUGGAGGACGAGUCUCCAGAGGGAGAGACGUCACCACUCAUCCCCAGCUCGGAGGGUCUCCUCCCAGUCACGGGGGAAAGCAACUGCGCCCUCUCCCCGAAGAGGCUGGUGGUGGACACCCCACCGGGCGACGAGGAUCAGUCCACGGAGAACCGCGAGGAGAAGCGCCUCAUGGAGGUUGCGGGCGCUGCAGUCGCGCCCCUGUCGCCCAAGACAGCAGCACAAAAUUGCACCCAGGGUGUGGUCGGGGCGGGCGAGGAGGUGAAGGCCGACAGCAACCAAAGCGGACACAAAGUAGAGAACCACAUGUUUACAUCCGAUAUCCACCUGAUACCCGGAGACGGCAGCCUCUCUCCGACCUGUGAAACCAGCAUGUGAAUGUAAGGGAAGUCUUUGAGGGACAAUAGACCUACUACAGCCUCAAUGUCAACGUGGUGCGUGGGAGAGCAGGGAAGGAAAAGUCAAGGGUGCUGUUGUAGUGGAAGAUAUUUUUGCAUGGCAUGACAAGUCUCUUUUACUUGUGUUGUUGUGUAUUGCUGAAGUAGAAACUGCAGCGCUUUGUGCAGAUUCAAGAAUGACUUUGGGACAAGCAGUGCGCUCGGAGAGGGGUCCGCCCAGGUCACCCCCCGAUGUACAUAAUGACAUAAUCUCCUUUUCUAGCAAAAGAAGGAAAUGCACAGAGGGACUUAUCUGUAAAAAGCAUGCAUUUAAAAAAAAAAAAAAAAAGACAGAUAUUUUACGGUGCUUAGUUUGCUGAAAGCGCUCCACUGUAAAUAUUAGGACAUCUAAGGCAAUGACAAUGCACAGGAAUGCAAAGGAAGACUGACUGUCACUGAUUUGCAAUGUGAAAAAGGGACUCCAGAGCCCUCCAGAGCGGGGCGUUGCAUCGUAGCGACCUAUUUAAAACAAAAAAAAAAACGAAUAAAAAAAACAUAUCAUUACCGUUUGUGGAGAUGCAAAGUGUUCCCAUGACGACCCUGUAAUGUUUUUCGUUUUUUUCCCCCUUGUGAAAAAACGGUGUAUGAAACUGUAACGUUGACAUUAUUACUUUUUGUUUCCAUAACGACUGUUGAACUUUCAUCCGAUACUCAGUCUUUGAACUAACCAACGUGGGCAAGAAGGGACGGAAAAAAAAACAAACAAAAAAAAAAAAAACGCCUUUUUCCUCCGAAGCGCCUGUAGUUGCCAAAUAUAUAUGUAGAAACGAGAACUAUCAGAUACUAAAGUUACUGAGAAUAUUUAUCAUGCAACAUUUCAGGAGUUUAGGAGCCUUUUGAUUCAGUCCGGAUCACGGGAAAGAAUCUUAUUUACUCUCCAACAUCAGAUAUUUAUAAUUAGUUUUAAGGUUAAACUAUGAAGUAAGUAGGUCUAGAUUGGUGGUAGAGGAGUUCUACAGUAGGUAAGUGAGAAUCCAUAAAACAGAUUUAAGGCUAUUUAGAGAAUUAGCACAGUAGACCUGGUCAUUAAUACAGAUAUAUGCUAUUUUAUUAUUAUUAUUUUUCUUUUUUUUUGGUAAUUCAAAUCCACGAAAAAGAAUAUUCCUUCAGAUAUCAACGGACCAAAUCAAGCACACUGACAAGCUUUCAUCUAUCUCAGCUACAUCGUAACAUAUAUGGUAAUAAUAACAUGUAUUACAGUAGUUUUUAUUUACCUUUACGGUUGGUUUACCUGCAUUGUGUUCAUUGCCCUAUCCUCAGCACCCCGGUGUCAUUGUUAUUCCAUACUACUGCAACUUUAUCCAAUCCUGCUGAGAAGUGGUUUGUUCUUUUUGUUGUUUUUUUUUUUGGUUUUGUAUUAUCUGUGGUGUCUUGGACAUUUUCUUGUGUUUUAUCGUGAACAAAACUAUCUUCAGUCAAACUUAAAACCCAAAGGAGUUUUCUUUCUGUCUUUUCUUUCUCUGGCUUUUUGUUUUACACUGACUGAAAUUCGUGUCCGUAUGUAUGUUCCCUUUUGAUUCCAAUUUACUGCUGGACUUUACGUCUGUCGUCUCAGCGUGACAUCGCGUGUGAAGCGUUUGUGGAAAAGCCGCACAAACCAGAAUGGCAAUGGAAGAAAGAACGUGGGGUGAAUAAUGUCUGUUUCGUCUUUCUUUUUUUUCUCGUUAUUAUAAUUAUUAUCAUGGGUUUUUUUUGUUUUUCUUUUCGUUUUUUUGUUUCACAGAGAGGUGUGGAAUGUGCAAUACCGCAUACUGCAAUCUAUGCAGGCCAAGAAUUGUGGCACUUUAUGUUUUAAUGUCUAUGGGAAUUUGUAAGUGUACAGGCAGAAAUUACUUGUAUUUUUCAAAUGUUAUAUCUUUAAUAUGAGGCGGAACAGUGUUACAACUCCCAGAGUCUCGCAAACAAUGCAAAUGAGAAUUUGAAUUUUACUUUUUAUUAUUAUAAAAAGACUGGCAAAAAAAAAAAAAAAGUGCACCUUAAUGCCAGAUUAUUUAUGGACCCCAAAUUGACCACCAGGGCCUUUUAUAUCGCUGUUAGACUUGCUUAAAAAAAAAAGAAAAAAAAAUCUAACUCAUGUCCGUGGAAGAUAUUAACACGAUCUGAUUUCACUGGCCACAAACCAAGGGUUUUAUGUUUUUUGUGAAUUAAGAAUGAUUCUAUUUUUUCUAAACCAAAAUGGAGCACGACCACAAUUUCCUGCCAUAAAUGGUGGUUGAAAUGAUGCGUGCCUUUUCAUAACACCGCCGUUUAUGAGAAGGUAGCAAGUCAUUUUGCUUUGUUCAUAUAGCACUGUACAGAAAAUUCUAAUUUUAUAGGAAAAAUCAGGUCUUUAUGUAAUAGAUACAAGUAAUGCUAUUGAGUUCUCAGGUUUUCUAUAACUCUCUGAUGUUCUGAUUGGAUAGAUUAUGUUUUUUUCUUUAACAGCUAACGUCAACUAGUUGCUUCUGUACUUUUUUGAGAGGUUGAUGUUGUCAAAUCCACAUCGAUGUCUUGGCUCCCCGGAGCGAGGAGCCGCAAUAUUUCUCCGUCCUCCUGGGUAAUCUGUGUACAACAUCCAGUAUCCAACAACACCUCACCUCUCAUCUGUCUUCAGUGAGGCAAAAAAAAAAAGGAAAGAAGGGACAGGCCGUUAAGAAGGGUCAGUGAGAGAUAUCCCUGCUGCCUCCGAGCUGAUCCGUCUGGUUAUUUCCCAUGCUGACGCACCGGUGAGCGCUCUGACCCCCGUGGCGUGCCCAGAGGAGCAGCGAUCAAUGGGUCAAAAAUAAAUGAGGCGUGGAUAAGGAAAAGCCUCCCAAACGGUUACAGUGCAUCACUCGUGGUCCAUGUUUUCGUUCUUUUUUUUUUUUUUUUGUCUGUGUACAUACCGUAUGCCCAAAGUAGCAUAUUCUGACUCAGUAUUCUGAGAUUCAUGUGAGACCUCAUCUUUGUGAAACGACCGAUCCCUCAUUGGUACUCUCCGAGCCAAAAUGCGGGGUCAGUGGCAGUUGUUAUUGUUGUUGUUGUUGUUAUUUGGGAUUUUUCGUUUGUCUUUUUAUUUUUUUUUCUUUAUAAAGGGAGGUUGCUUGUUUCUUUUUUCUUCUCUUAUGUUCAUUUUUUUUUUUUUCCCCUUCGUCCCUUGUUUGUAGUAAUCAUGUCUCCGUGUUAGCCUUGAGUAAUCCUUCAUUUUGACAGGUAGGGUAGAGAAACAAGGGAUUUGGAUUGAUUAGCUACUGUAUGUCCCGCUCGGGAUGAAGUUUGUGUGGAUACUGAGAUUAAUUCUGCGAGCUGACAGCAAAAAAAGGGCCGCGCUCUGUCUUACUGUCUCACAAUGGCGUAUUCAUCCGUGAUACUGUACAGAGUGAAAAUGUCGUGUCUUUAUUUUCUCUGCGAGAAUGGGUAAUGUCUGUGUCACUCAUGCGUGCUUACCGAAACCUUGCUCCUUAAAAUACAUACAAGCAACAUUAUUUGUUGUUAUGUCUCUGUAUAUUCUGCCUCUUACUUUUUUUUUUUUGACUGUAUCCAGUUCAGCUUUGAGAGAACAUAAUCAUUAGACACAUUCUGAGCUACAGACUGUUUCUGUACAAAGCGACAUCUUUGUAUGCAUGUAGUAGUCUGAAUAAUUAUGUGACCACAGAUCACUUUGUUAUGGUACACGUAUGUCGACAUUUCUGUAGAGCAUUGUUCCCCAUUACGUCUAUUAGCAUAUGCAGAAUAACAAAUAAAUGUGUAUAUAACUCG